CUCCAGUCCAGGGCCCCGUCAUGACGUCAAAUCAGGCUAUACCAUUGGAUGUUAUUGAGCUCAGGAUUUUAUGGUUGCAUUCCUGGACCUCCGAACUUAAUUCGCAGACUGGCCAGGGCCGUCCCACGGGUCCGUUCCCGACUUCUCGCACUUCGGAUGACCUGCAUUCCUCGUGUCCUGUCUCCGAUUUUUAAGAUCUGAGACCCGAAUGUCGUGCAGAAAAUGCCCGAUCCCAAGUCCUCUGAUGCUGCCCGCAAUGGUAAGCUCAGCCAGCAGGGUCGUCGGUUGAAGCUCCCGGGCUGGUUGGACCACUUCAAUGCGCGCGACUUGAAGGUACUCUUUCGCUGCUGGGCUGCGGCCUGGGUGGCUUCGCUGCUGAUAUUCAUCGGUCCAGCCUUGCACCAGAUCGGCAUCGCGACCUUCUUCGCGGCUUUGGUGCUGUACAUUGUACCCCCAGCGGGAAUCCUCUUCGUCUAUUUGCUAGCCACGCUGUCGCUCCUCUUUGGCAUGUGUCUCGCGUGGGCAUGGGGGCUCCUCAGUAUGAAAGCCGCCUUAGCGGCACGACCAGACGCACAAACGAAGGCGAUGGUACAGGCGUUGCAACAGCAAGCGGUCGCGAUCGGUAAUCAGACAGGCACGAGUCCAGCCGCGGAGGCUAAAAUCCUCGUGUACGAUGGCUUCAUGCUCGAUGCCCGCGUCACCGUCAUCUUCUACGUGAUGAUCUGUGUUUUCAUUUAUUUCAUGUCUCGUGUCCGUGUCGCCAAUCCCAAGUUCGCCUUGGCGCAGAUCUUCGGCAUCAUCAUCGCGGACCUGUUUCUGCUCUUUGGGCCAAGUUUGCCAUCAUUCACCUCUUCCCUGCCGGAGGUCCUCAUUAAACCAGGCGCCAUCGGCAUCGGUUUGGGAUUUGCCUGCUGUUUGGUCUUCUUCCCGCAGUCGACAUCGUUUGUAGCCCUCACGCAAAUGCAGCAACUCGUCCGUCUGGGGGAAAUCCCACUGAAGUGCACCCGGCAAAGGUUUGCAGGCGAAGCCCUCGACCUGCAGCAGUUGACGGCCACCAAAGCGAAGAUCAUCGGAGCAUUCAAGGCCAUGCAACCAUCAUUGGCCUUCCUACCCCUUGACUUUUCCCGUGGCCGCUGGAGUUCAGACGACAUCAAAACGUUACAAGAGCCUCUGCGACAGGCUAUUCUAUCCACUGUGUCAUUGAUGGACUACCACAUUACCCUCCUAAGAGCCGACCGAAAGCUACAAGAAUUCCAGCCGCUCUCGAAACAGGGAUCUGAGAAGAGCGACAUGCAGGAAAAGCGAGUCCGCGAAGUCGGGCAGUAUCAGUUACAGGAGAGCGCAGAUCUGCUGCAAGCAUUGAACAGUCCCGAGCACGGGGCUUCUCGAGCCCGCACACGCGAGGCAUUGAGAAAGUCAACUACUGAACUGCUCGAACUGUGUUCGGAAACGAGUGAGCUCAUUGUGCAGUGCCUUCAUGGGGUCAAUUCUGGCCGAUGGCUUCGUCGAGCCGCAUCGCACAACCGCCUGAAUGAGCUUGUGACGAGAGCGGAUACCGUAUUGCAUACUCUACAGUCAACCCGAUCAUCAUGUGCGGCGGAGACCACUGAAGCGCUUCUCGACAGCCAUGCCGACUUGUUUGAUGAGAGUGGCCAGUUAAAAGCGUCCGAACACUUGGGGCCCCAUGCCCUCCGUGGAAUAAUACUGGGAAUGGUAAUGGAGGAACGCAUCCUCGGCACUGCAGAAGCUUUAGAACGACUCCUGGCCCAGGUCCAUCGGUUAAUGCAAGCGCGCACUAAGGAACGUAUCUGGAUUCCUUCGGGAUUGCGCUACGCUUUCAGCUGGCUGGUCAACCCGCGCCAAAAAGCGCCCGCAGAAGAUCUCGCCACAGCCCCUGCGACCGACCCUGACGAUGCUGAAGAGCAAGCCAAAGAGGCGCAUCGGCGUCUGAAGAUUAGCCGCGGCCACGGAAGGCCUAUCCGACGAGGCCUGUUGGUGAGAGCGCUCACUGGCUUUUUUCACUGGUUCACGAAUCCCGGCGGAAUGUAUGCACUGCGCAUGGUCAUCGUCACGAUCGCGGUCGCCAUACCUGCUUCUAUUCCACAUAGUGCUGGGUUCUACUACCGAGAAAAAGGUAUCUGGGCUCUGAUCACCGCCCAAACCACCUUGCUCGUGUACAUGGGCGAUUUUACCGUAUCGCUCGUCGGUCGUACGAUUGGUACCGUCGUCGGGGGUGUGAUGGGCAUGGUCGCCUGGUACAUUGGCGCCGGCAAUGGGCCGGGGAAUGCCUAUGGCCUGGCGGCAAUUACGGCGGCGAUGACCGCCAUCCUGAUGUGGUGGCGUCUGUUCCUGCCUCCAAUCCUCACCAUGGCGGCCAUUAUGGGCGGCGCCACCUUUAUUCUGGUUGUCGGCUUCAGUUACGAUGACACCCACACAUGGCAAUAUGGCCUACCGGGGCACGGGUAUGAAGCCUUUUGGAAGCGACUCGUCACCGUGCUGUUAGGCUUCGUCGCCGCAUUCAUCGUUCAGAUAUUUCCCCGUCCGCCCUCCGCAACACGACAUAUUUGUAAGACAUUAUCGAACACCAUCCGCACGCUGUCUGAUCACUAUGCUCUAUUACUAUCGCAUUGGGGCCGACCGGAAACCAACAGCCCCAUAGGUGCAGUCGCGGAGAAGAUCGCCGUCGAGGUCGCGGAAACCCUCCUCUCCAUCCAAGGUUCAAUCGGCCUCCUAAGAUUCGAAAUGACGCUUGGUCCGUUCCACCGAGAGGCACUGGCAAAAAUGCAUGGCCUCUGCCAGGACAUGAACCAAGCCCUGGGUCGAUUACUGAUCCUAUCCACCAGUCUCCCACAGCACCUCCAGGAACGGUUUGCCCAGAAUGUGGGCCUGCUGAACGAUCAUCACAUUGGUGAUAUUAUGGCGGUAUUGAGUGUGAUCGAACAGGCGCUGAAGUCAGGCCUUCCCCUGCCAGAACGCUUGCCAACGCCGCUGGUGAAGCGGUGUUUCGAGCAGUGGUAUGCACAGCACCGCGCUGCGGAGUUGAGUACGACGCUAGUGCGGGAUGAGAAUUAUCGUCGGUAUUGUGUGGCCAUCAGUUCGUAUUUGAAGUUCUUGUCUGCCGUCGAUGACAUGGUGUUGGUCCUGAAGGGUACUUUGGGAGAAUCGCAUUUGAUUGAGCGGCGGCAGGGUGAGGUGCCGGUUUAAAUGCUCCCAACCUGUCCUCGACAGACUAUCUUUAUGUAAAUGCUCUCGCAUUUCAGAGUUACGGCCUAGUAUGCAGCGAGUGGCACUAAGUCUACACUCAUAGCCAGCGAAUCCGCCUCUCAGGAUGUUAUACAUAAUAAGAAAUGGAGAGAUAUUUAUCAAUUUUCUUGAUCGAUACUCGAUUGUACUUAAAUGAUAUCAUGCCUGAACCUGAUCGAAAUU